AUGAAUGGCUCCCUGCCUCCCCUUUCUUCCAUUCCCUCGACUACCUCCGCCAUCACCAACAACAACAACACCACCACCACCACCACCACCACCACCACAACAGCAGCAACCUCUUCUACUUCCACGACCGCCAACAACACCACCACCACAACACCCACCCCUACCAUCUCUUCUUCGUCUUCCUCCUUUAGGAACAAGUUUAAACCUCGAAAAUCAGAGGAUUGGACUAUUUAUCGGGAGAUCAUUCAAAGUCUUUACCGCGACGAUCACUUGAAGCUUCGUGAUGUGAGGCAAUAUAUGCUCGAAAAUUAUAGCUUUGAAGCAUCAGAGAAACAAUACAAAGACCGCCUGGCUGCGUGGAAUGUUCGCAAAAACAUCAAGGCCAAAGAAGUCCAUAUCAUGCUCCGCAAGCAACAAAGGCGGGCUGCAGAGGGCAAGCGGACGGCGUUUCGAGUGGCUGGCAAGACGGUCGACACCAAGCGCAUCUCCCGCUUUGUCCGGAGAUAUGGCAACCACUGGGAACUGGAUGAUGCUCGUGAGAGCGUCCAUCCGAAUACCAUCCAUCCGAGCACCCCUACAGACAUCGAAUACUACACACCGGAGCCCGAUGAGAGAGCUAUGACCCUGUCGCCCUCGACCGAGACUCCAUCUCACGAUGACAGGCUCAAGCUCGAGCCACUCCCCGAGCCCGAAGUGGACCAUGCCCAACCUUUACCGGUUUCACCUACUCCCUCCGCGCCACCCAAGCCGCUGUCCAACGCCCUCCCUGACGAAGACUACUGGAAGGCGCUCGAUGUGUUUCAGGGCCAACUCUUGACCCUAUCCAGGACGCUUGACCAGACCAUGUCUCAAUUCACUUCUCCGCAUGACGAUCUAUCACAGUAA